CACUGAAUGUGCAUUGACUAGUAGUCACAAAGGGUCACGCUAUGCUAAAUUCCCAUAAGGUGACUGGUAGUUGUUCAGGUAUUCUUGUACUGUGGUACCAACCGCGAACUUCCGUUGCUGGGAGCCAAUCAAAUUUUUUCAUUUCACACAACUGGAGAUGUCAGUGUCACCGUCCACGCUACGUAGAGUCGUAAACAAUUAAUCGGAUGCAAUCGCAUGUCGUCGUCAAGUUGUGUCACCCACCACCCCCCGCUAGAUUGGCAUGCAAGCUCCUUAUUGAUCAUGCAAGCAAUUGUCUGAGUGGUUGGCAAGACGUGGAUUUUCUCAAUAAAUUGAGUUUCUAACGUGGCCCGGUGUAGUAUUAAAGAUGUUUCUUAAAAUUUUCUUCGUUUUGUGCGCUAUAUCUUUGAAUGUUAUACUUGGUCAAACAUGUACCAAUGCACAGGUAAAAGGAGCUACAUCUUAUUCGACAUCGGAUGCAACAAUAGUUAGCCAGAUCGCAUUUGUCACUGAAUUUUCUUUGGAAUGUUCUAAUGUUGCUACUGAAAGAGUAUCUUUGUUUGCUGAAGUAGAUGGCCGGAUUACUCCUGUGGCAAUUAUUGGUGAUACAAAAUACCAGGUAAGCUGGAAUGAGGAAGUCAAAAAGGCUCGCAGCGGAGACUACAAUGUAAAGCUGUAUGAUGAAGAAGGUUAUGCUGCUGUACGUAAAACACAGAGAUCUGGCGAGGAUAAUAAUGUGAAACCCUUGGCCACAGUUGUUGUUCGUCAUUCAGGCUCCUAUACAGGACCAUGGUUUAAUUCAGAAAUUCUGGCAGCUGCACUUAUUGCUUUUGUAGCUUAUUUUGCUUUUUCAACAAGAAGUAAAAUUCUCUCUUAAAAAUCGAGGCGUCGUGAAGCCCAUUUUGGCACUCAGACUGUUUGUGUCAAAUAAAAUCUUUAUUUAUAAAAACAAAA